AUGGCUUCAAGGCUUCCUGCAGAAGUUCUCUGUCCGAUAUUUCAAGAAAUCUAUAAUUCUCGACCCAAAUCUAGACCUCAUGAACAAUAUCGUGACUUGUUUUCGUGUUUGAUGGUAAAUCGAUUUUGGUGUAGAAAUGUAAUCUCUUAUAUUUGGUCUUCCGUGUUCACACCUCAUUCGCCAGUUCGCUAUGGCGCCAUCGAUAAAUAUAUUUCUUGCCUUUCACCCUCAAAACUCGAAGUCCUCACGUAUGCUGGCGUUCAGCUCACAAAUGUUCCUUCGACACCACCAAUUUUUGACUACCCAGCGUUUCUGAAAAGCCUUCGGUUCGAAAUUUUCCUGAGAGAUGUUUUCGAUUGGUGCCAUGAACAUGAUUCCAGCCAAUAUCAUGAUCUGGUAAUAAAAGCGUUGAUAGAGUUGUUUGCAGAGAGGGGCGCACGAUUGGAGACAUUUGAAAUGAAAUUCGUGGAUAAAAAAGCAUUUCCCGGUUAUCGUGAGAAAUUAGAACGGUUGAAUUUGAAUUUCAUAUGCGAAGACAGGUUCAGAUCGUUGUUUUGCAAUAUUAAGAAACUGUGGUUGGGAAAAGACGCAAUUGAAUCAACAGGGUUGGCGGAGAGGAUCUCUUGGAUAUGCAACAAUGUGGAAUACAUGACACUGGACUUUACAAGGUCAUCAACGUGGUUUAACGUUUUCAGUAUUCCCAAACGAUACAACAUCUCUUCCUUAAUCAGGUCUCAGACUGCUCUCCAAUCAUUCGUUUUAAUCAAUUAUUCGGAUGGUACUCCAGAUUUUAUAUUUUCGCUUCCCACACAAUCUCAUUCGCUUCGUAACAUAUACUUUUGUCAAGUAUAUUUUCGACACUUUCCUCCGCUAUCUUUCGUGUCGGAAUGCGGAAACUUGGAGUCCUUGACAUUUCGAGAUUGCUUUGAUAUUACUCCGGAAUUAGUCGAACCCUUGUUAUUAAAUACUUGGACGAAGUUAGAAUAUGUUUAUGUUACUCCAAGUUUCCAUCAUUCCGAGUUAUACUAUCGUGGGCAAAUGAGAACUUGCGAAAGUCUAGAAAGAUGGGCAAAUGAGUUUAGUAACAAAGGGAAAUUGUGGGAGAAUAAUAGUGUACACUUGAGUUAG